ACAAAAUGGCAGGAACUCAUUGUACAGUAGCUAGCAUGGAUAGCUUAUGAGGUGUCAAAGCUCCUAAAUUUGGUAAGAAGAAAGCGUUUUUAUUCACCGAAAGGGUUGCGUUGAUCGGUCAUUUUAAGCUUUUUCUAAUAAUUUAUUUUUGAAGUCAACCAUCAAUAUAAAGGUGCCAAGCAGACGUAUAGCGAGCGUAAGCUAAAUAAUGCUAACGACAACAACUCACUCAGUAAGCUCAUAUGCUGCUUCCACCAGCCGUACAGUCUCCUGAUCACAGAAGUGAUUGAACUACAAAGCGUUGUGAGGAGUUUAGAGAUGAAGAAGUGGAACAGGCGACGAGCUGCUGGUCAACGAGGCUGGUUCAGAAGUAACAGACAGAGAUCAACACAGGACCAACCUCGGUCUGGACAUUAUGAUGCAAGCUCUCACCACAGAGCAUCCCAAAGACAUGAAGACCAGAUUCCCUCACCCUCAACCCCAUCCUCAUCUUCUUCAUCCUCCUCUUCUAAUACCAGCAGCGUUGCACCAGAGCUGCCGGGUUUCUACUUUGACGCAGAGAAGAAUCGUUACUUUCGCUUGCUGCCUGGACACAACAACUGUAACCCGCUGACAAGAGAGCAGCUGCAGGAGAAAGAACGAGAGAAGCAGAGAAACAAAAUGCUUGCAGAAGAUGAGUUGCCCAGAAAAAAAGCACCGAGAACAGGACUUAACACUUCACUGCUGCUACAGAAAAGACAUCUCGGCAUGUUACCUGAGAACUCCUACCACAGGCUAGUCCACGAGGUGAAGGUGAGUGCGAUGAGACGCCACAAGCUGGAGAUCCAGAGCACAGACAACAGCAACCCGAACACUGACAACUUCAGGCUGAUAGUGGGCGACUCGGCUUGUGAGCGAGUGUUCACAGUAAACGAUGUGUCGCACGGAGGCUGCAAGUACGGCAUCAUGAACUUCAGCAGCAGCAGAGGAUCUCUGUCUGUGGAAAUGUGUGACAACCUCUACUUCACCAACCGAAAGGUGAAUUCCAUCUGCUGGGCUUCAGUCAACUAUCCCGACUCCCACGUCCUACUGUGUCUGGUUGGAGCAGCAGACACUCCCGGCUGCGUCAGUUUACUUCCUGCUUCCCUCUUCAGCAACUCCAACCCAGACCAGCCCGGGAUGCUGUGUAGCUUUAAGAUAUCCUCAGCCUGGUCAUGUGCCUGGUGUCUCAAUCCCCAGUUUGACAAGACCUUCAGCACCGGUUUGUCUCGCAGGGUGAUACUGAAAGAUGCAGAGACGGGUCGAACACAGACGUACAGCACAGGCAGCGACGUGUUAGCUCAGCAGUUUGCCGUCAGAGUUCCUGUGCUGUUCAAUGGCUGCAGAUCAGGAGAGAUCUUCAGCAUUGAUCUGCGGCAGCGUGUCCGCAGGGACCAGAGCUCAAAGGCCAGCCGUUUCCAUCAAGAAUCAGCCAUCACAUCUGUACGCGUCCUGCAGGAUGAGAACUACCUGCUGGCUGCUGACAUGCUGGGCCAGAUUAAGCUGUGGGAUGUCAGAGUGACAAAGCCAGUGCAGGAGUACAAAGGACACUACAAUGAGCAUGCCUACCUUCCCAUCCAUGUCAAUGAGCCCGAGGGGCUUUUGUUGGCAGUUGGUCAAGAUUGCUACACACGAUUAUGGAGCCUUAAAGACGGACACCUUCUGAGGACUAUUCCUUCUCCACACCCGGUCGCCAACGACCUGAUCCCGAGCGUCGUCUUCUCUUCUAAGCUGGGCGGCUGCAGGGGGCUCCCCGGUCUGCUCAUGGCCGUCAAACACGAUCUGUACUACUUCCCGUACAACACUGACUAUCAGGAAGAAGGAGAGGAGCAGGAGAGCUUUUAGGAAAAGACUAAAAAAAAACACUUUAUCUUCAAAAAAAAAAAGAAAUUUCUCCUGCCAAAUUUAUCACAACAAUUAUUUGCUUACUCUUUAGGUAAUUUACUGUGUUAGUGGAGUGGAUUUAAAGUCUCAGGGCAAUGUAACUUUUGACUGACUAUUGGUGCCAACAAAUAAUAGAAAUGCUACAAACAUACCUAGGGGCAGAGAAUGACUAAUGUUUCUGUGUAAGUGCUUUGUGUAACCUUUACAAAAAGUGCUCUUAAUUUUCUCAUGUCAUAAAGGAUGUCUGUGAGGGGAUUUGAAAAAAAAGAAUACUGCAACUCAAAUAAGUUCAUAUUUUCUUGUAGGAUUGUUUGUAAAGGACGGAGUCUGCACACUACAAGCUGCUCCAAAUUAACUUUAAUGAAAUAGAUGUGGAUAUAUAUUAACUUAAAUGUGAUUUGGAGGAGCUUCUGGUGUGUGGACUUUGAAUUUGUUGUCCAGCACCCAGAACUCAACGAUUCAGAUGUGCGUGCUGUUUUAUAUCUUAAAGUUUCUAAAAAGAAAAUCAGCAAACACGUGAGUGAUUUUCUGCAGUUUAAUACAUACUGUAUGAGCAUACAAGAACAUAAAGGUAUUGAUUGUU